GGUACCGUAUCAUCGGCCAAACAGCAACCGGAGUCGACAACGUAGACACCCUUGUUUUCCGACCCGGGACGCAGAGGAAGCGAGGUGACGCGCUCACUCAAGAAUUUUUGUUCAGCUUUUCGUCCUUGCUGCGUCGCCGCGGGCGGGAAAACGCGUGGUUGCCUGCCGUGUCAUCGUUGCCGCGGGGUCCCUGAGCGUGUGUCAAGGUCUGAGAGGGAAAGCGUCCAACGUCGUCUCUACGCGGGUGAAUCUCACGGGAAAAGCCCAAUCCUGCGGAGAAACACCCGCUCAGCCCAGCAUCGUUCGAGAGGGGCUCUGUAGUCCUUGUCAUUAAGCGCUGCCUCAAUUAGACGCCUCUUUUAAAAGCUGCGCGCGAAUCCACGAGAAAGUACCGGUGAAGCCGCAAUGGCCGAGAACAACAACGGAGCCCUGUCCCAAGACAUGCCUCACGAGGCGAUUAUACCGAUCGUCUUCGACGGCAAGCAACACUUCCCGGGCAAGCAACAGUUGGCCGGCUCCCGCCAGGUCUUCGAGAUGGUCGAGCGCAAAGAGCCUCUGGUUCCAUUGGAUGAAGACCCACUGCAGCGGGAAUGGGAUGAGUUCAUUGAAGAUUUUCCGCAGUGCAGCAGAUACCUGGAGCCAGAUUUUAUAGACCGCAACUUCCCGGCACUCCGCAAGAGACUGUCCGGUGACGCCACAGCAGACACUAAUGGCGAUGAAGAAGACAAAGUUGUCAUUUACGACGUAGACGUCAAGCAGUUCCGACCAGACGACGUGAACGUCUGGGUAAAGGACGGUAACGUGUCAGUGGUGGGACGCACCGAGAAAGUCCUGAACGGCGGAGGAAAGUACGUCAAAGAGGAACUGCUGGGAGGCCUCCGGAUUCCCGCGGAUAUCGACGCCGACGACGUCACGCUGGAGACGACGCCCGAGCUCCGACUGAAGAUCUCGAGGCCCGAUUCGCGGCCAGGGUCCGCCAUGUCGUCAGCUUCGUGCUCGGCCCAUUCGUCGGCAGAAAACUCGCUCGCCGAGAGGUGAAGCGACUGUGUCGUCUUGACGUGGAGACAUAACAAUGCGCGCGAGGUGGCAGCUGGUUCCGCGCAGUGUUGUCCAUUGAAGACAGGCCGCAUUAUGCACGGACCGGAGUGUAUGCUCUCACGGGAGACCCGCGAAUGCUUGAGAGGACAGAAAUUUCUCUUUUCCUCUCGCGUUUUUUUUCCUUAUCUCUCGGUGACUCUUGACGCUAAGUGACUGAGAUUUUAUGCACUCCCCUUAAGCGCAUGUCAUAGGGGAGGCAUGCCCUGGCACACGGGCACUCGUUUGCGCUCCCGUUGCUGAAUUCAAUAGUUCCCCUAGUCUUCUAUGUUAUGUCUUAGUCGCGAUUAGUAUGGUAUAUAUGCAGGGAACCGCUGAUUUUUUCACUAAUAGCGCAUUUGGAAAACGGCUGUUUUUGUGGUUGUUGAAUGAUUAAGGAUGAGCUUAUCGAGGACCAAGAAUGCGUUCAACGUGCGUUCAAUCACUGCUUGUUGUACUUUUCUGAAUAAAAAUGCUGUUGUUACUUUGCUGACUUUUCCAGUCGCGAAA